AUGCAAAGGUCGGCGCUCACAUUCACUCCCUCACCCGCUCAUCACCGGGAAUCCCUGGGAUGCGCUGUAUUAGCGAAGGGCGUCCAAAAAGCCAAGGAAACUAUCACCAUGGACGUUCAACAACUUCCUGAGAAACCGACCGUCAAUCGGUCAGUGGUCGCGAUGGAGGGCAGCUCCCUCUCACUGAACUGCAGAAGCUGGGAGACAAAUCCCGUCACCUUACGUUGGGUGAGGAAUGGAGAGGACAUCGGCGCAUCUUCCACCGGAGAACUGGCAGUGCUUCUCCGUGACGUUACAUCAGUAGAUGAGGGGGAAUACUGGUGUUCGGCUGGAAACGACGUGGGCGUCUCCAACAGCUCCACCAGCGUCUCCGUUCAGUACAGACCCAAAACUGAAAUGGCGUGCACCAGCGCUGGGACCGUGACUAACUGUGUUUGCAAGGUCAGAGCCAAUCCUCCGGCCAACGUUUCAUGGAGCAUCGAUGGGGAAGCCCUGGCGGAGCUCAGGUCGGAGGAUGUGGUCGUGGCCCGGGAGACGGACGGGAACGUGAUACAGAGCUCGAUGAAGCUGACCCGUGCGGAAAGAAUGGGAAAUGUGAUUUCAUGUUCUGCAGGGAAUACCCACGGUUACCGCGCCUCCGAAUACCCACUCCGUUCUGAGGGAACAGACGCCCGGACGAUCUACUCGACAGCAGGCGGGGUGGGAGCCGGCCUUGUCAUUCUGAUUGUCGUCCUGCGGACAAUUGCAGUGUGCCGGAAGCAACGACGAAAAGCUGCUGCUGUUUCCGAGCUUUCUGUCGUCUACAGUACUGUGACGCCUUCAAUAAAUUUCGUGGGAGUCGCCCAGGAAUCUCGUGGCGUUGGCGACUCGCAGCCUACUCAAAGAGACGAGAUCGUCUAUGCUGAUAUCAACUUCCAGAAAUGA